GGCCCAAAGAAAUACGGAAAAGAGGUAAGCGCACGUGGCGGUAGUCCGUUUGCGUCGCGUGGAGAAGGACGAAGCGCAAAGUAGGGGGCAGAAGAACGGGCGGAGAAGAUGGCGUCGUUCUUGGAUGUUUCGCCGAAUCGGCGAGGCAGGGCUCAGCGGAAAAGUCCGUUCGAGGGUUCCCGACAGGCUGGAGUGCCGAUUCGACGGGCGGCCGUAGACGCUUUCUCAGACUUGCAGAAUCAGAAUUCCAACAGGAUCAGCGGAUGUGAUAGCUAUACUUCAAAAGUGACUUUAGAUUUUGAACAAAAAGUUCGUCUUAGGAGUCUGCAAAAAUAUACAAGGUUUAAUCAUCAAAGCAUCAAAGAGAAGAGUACACCUACUAAAUGUGCUGACAGGACUCCUGGUCGCUAUCUAACAUUGGAAACAUCUACAAUAGAUAUGAAUAGCAAAACUCUGCAAGAGAUAGACAAAGCUUUGGAAGUAGCAAAACUCAACUUCCAGUGUUUAAAGACUACAGAGGAGAUGCUUGAACAUUUGGUCACCAAAGCAAAGCGGGAAGAAAGCAAGAUUGCUGAUGUUAUUAAUAGCAGGUUUUCAGAUAUUAUUGCUUCUCUACAUUCAAGGAAAAGAAAACUAGAGACAGAAAUGAUAAUGAACACCAGUUACUAUAUAACUGAUGUACAUAGCGUACAGGUAUCAGUUAUGCAGAAAAUAAACAAUUUGGAUGCAGCCAUAAAAAUAGCAAGAGAGAUUAAAGCAACCCAUUGCUUAAAACCUUAUCAUAAUUUAAAAGAGGUUCUUUGCAGUUUAAAAAUGGCAGUUGGGGAAGAAGCGUUGAAACUGGAUAAUCUGAAAAAACGAACGCUUCCAAGGUUUUACCUGGACUGUGAAGAAAUUACCCCCAUGUUUGAGAAUAUAGGGAAUUUUUUCUCUGAUACCCCUAACAUGCAUGGUUUUAGAGGGAGCCCUCUAAAACUGAGCAACACUGGAGAGGAAUUCAAAAGUGAUAUUUCAUCGCAUGUAAAUGUACAACUUGAACCACUUGUUGAAGAAAUCGGUACAGUUGCUCCACUGCAAGACAAUGAUGCAUGUCUUGAAGGAAAUUACACCCUGCUCCAAGAAAUGACUCCAUCAUUCACGCCGAAAUACAUUCCUGCUUUACCUCAGACAUCAUCAGUUCCAGAUGUCAUAAUUGAAGAAAUCAUUGAAGAUGAUCAAGAAAUAUGUUCUGCAGAAUAUCCUGAAGAUACGCAUCGAAAAACUUUUCUCCAGAAACAGCUAGUGCCAUUUGGACCAAAAUCAGACUCUACAGAAUUAGUUUUUGUCAGCUGUGUGCUAAAUCCUUGCCACUUCUAUGUUCGGAAAGUUUCACAAAAGAAAGCAGCAGUUCAUUUGGAAAAAACUCUGAGGCAAUUCUGUAAUAAUAAAAGGGCUUCUCCUAAUGACAUUUUGGAGCUAGGUACAAGAAUCUUUGUUAAAAGCAAAGAACAUGGAAUAUGGUGUCGUGGAAAAAUCAUUGAACUAAUUCCGGUGCAGAAUACAAAUGAGGGGAGACCAUGUGGUCCAACAAAAUACAAAAUGUGUGAUAUAGCAAUGAUAAAAGUAUUCCUUAUAGACUUCGGGCAUCCUAAAGCUUUAAUUAUUUCAGGAGUACCUAAUGCAGUUGUCGUGAAUCCAGAACAUGUCACCCUGGAAUAUAUAGUGACUGAAGACUUAUGCUUGGUCGUGAGGAAACCUGAUAUACUUAUAGAGGCACAGCUUAGUGGCAUAAAUCAUUUAGCAUUACAGUGCUCCCUGAAGGACAUUGUUCCCAAGCAUUCAACUGAAGGUUGGGACAGAGCAGCAAGGACAGAAUUUUUGAGAAUGGUAAACAACAAAGCUGUUCUAAUGAAAGUCUUCAGAGAAGAGGAUGGGGUGCUCAUUGUAGAUCUAAUGAAACCUCCAGCAAACAAAAUAAGUAGUGACAUGCCUGUGUCCCUCAGAGAUGCUUUAGUUUUUAUGGACUUGGCAAGGUUCCGCAUUGAACUUUCUGAUCAACCUGAAAAUAUUGAACCCUUGCAGUACUGGUCACCUGCAAUACCACAAGAAAAAACAGAAGUCACCAUUGUUGUUAGCUAUAUUAAUAGUCCUGGUGACUUCUACAUUCAGCUGAUAGAACAAGGUCCAGAAUUUGCAGCUUUUCUGAGCAAAGUUGAGGAAGUGUAUAAAAAUGACAAUGGAGUUGGCUUGGAAAUCCUCUGUCCAAUUCUGAGUCAACCAUGCAUAGCAAAAUUUGAAGACGAUGGAGUUUGGUACAGAGCACAGGUUAUUGGUUUGCCAGGCCAUCAGGAAGUUGAGGUUAAAUAUGUUGACUUUGGUAAUACUGCUAAAAUAAAUGUUAAAGAGAUGCGUAAAAUAAAAGAUGAGUUUUUAGCUCUCCCAGCAAAGGCCAUCAGGUGCAAGCUCGCCCAUAUCAUACCAAGUAACGGAGCAAAUGAAUGGAGUAGUAAAUCAAAGGACAGAUUUGAGGAAUUAAUUCAAGAUAAAUGUAUGCUCUGCUUUGUUAUCGAGAAAUCACAAGACGAUGUACUAUCUGUCGAGCUCUAUGAAAGUGUACAUGUAUCACCAAAGGUGUCUUGGAGUGUUAACAGCUUCUUGGUUAAAGAAGGCCUAGCAUCUUACAUAACAUGCAACACAAUAGUAAAUCCGAAAUCGCAUAGUGAAGUCUGGGAUCCUACUCCAGAAGAAGUCUUCAAAACAGAGAGAGAAGACUUAAAACCUGGAAAUGAUGACCUGAUACAAUUUGAAGAUCUGGAAUUAGACUGUAGCAAAGAAUUGCAAGUGCGAAUUGGUCAUGUUGUGUCCCCAAGCAAGAUCUUUGUGCAUUUGAUGUCAUCAGAACAAAUUCUGAAAAGUUUACAGGAAAAGAUGGCAGUCACUUACUUUGAAUCAGAGAGUGAAGCAGUUCAGUGGAAAAUUGAUAUGAAUUGCGCUGCUUAUGUUUGUGAUCUGAAUCAGUGGCAAAGAGGCCAGAUCCGCAGGAUUGUUUCAGAAAACAUAGUGGAGGUGUUCCUCUUUGAUUUUGGCAUAACUAAAACUAUGGAUACUGUCUCUCUAAGAGAACUUGAGCAGAAUCUGAAGGCAGUCAAGCCUCUUGCAGUAGAGUGUUCGCUAACAGACAUAAGACCAGCUGGUGGAACUGAGCAGUGGACAGCAACUGCCUGUGAUGUCCUAGCACGUUACUUAACUGGAGCUGAGGUUAACCUAGUAAUACAGGAAAGUGACUCUUCACCUUUACCUGUGAAAAUAUUUAGCAAAGAUGGAGGGCUGUGUACUGACAUUUCAGAAUACAUGAUUAAAGAAGGUUUGGCAUUUAGAAAAAAAAGCUUGAUUAGAGCACCUAGAACUGGCUCAAGUACAUCAUCUCUUGAGAAACUACAUGAAAUGGCCUUCCAGCAAGACAGUGCAGACAUAAGCCAAUUGCUUGCAGAAACAGAAUGUACACCAAGCCAUUCCAAACCAGAGAAAGAUGCUGAUCCUUUGAUCACAGAGUGUAAAGAAUUGAUCACAGAGCAAGAAUUGAAGAACUCUGUGACUCAACCUAUAAUGGUUGAAGCCUACAAACCACCAUCUAUCCCGACCUCUGUCUGCUUCAGUGCUGUAGUCAGCUGUGUUUCAGACACCGGAACUAUUUAUGUGAUUCCACAGACGCAAGAGAAACAGCUAAACAAUUUGAUGAGUGACAUACAGAAAAACUUCAAAUGUCUAGGUCUUCUGGAACCCUACAGUUGGAAAAGGGGAGAAGCUUGUGUUGUAAGAGCAGCAGAUACAAUGUGGUAUCGAGGGGAAGUUAUAGAAGUUGGUGGUGGCGUUACCAGGGUACAGUACUUGGACUAUGGCUAUAUUGAGAAGAUUCCUCAGUGUCAUCUCUACCCAACUGUUUUGUAUGCAGACAUACCGCCGUUUUCCAUACCAUGUCAGCUCUAUAAAACUGUACCAGUUGGAAAUGUUUGGCAGCAGGAUGCAGUUGAACUUCUUCAAGAACUACUUACAAAAAGACUAGUUGAAAUACAUAUUAUGGAACAGUCAGACAAUCCGUGGGGUAAAGUGUCUAUUAAGCUCUGUUUUGCUGGGAUAUCACUAUCUUCCUUCAUGGCUUACCAUAAACAUUGCAUUAAUGAAGAUGAUGAUGGUCCUAUCCCAAAACUGGAUAUAACUUGCUACAGUGACGAUCCUUUGGAGGAUAAUUGUGAAAUCGGUCAUGAGGAGUUACUGAUGUCUGAAGUAGAUACUCCCCUUCUGCCACCCUAUAUCUCACCAACGCUGCCUGUUCUUGGAGAACUCUUUCCAGUGAAAGUAACACACGUUGUGUCACCUAAUGAGGUGUACAUUACCCUUGAUCAGCGAGAUGGUCCCAACCAGCAUGAUACAAAGGACAGAGGAAUCAGCUGGGAUGUUGAAACUCUAGAUCAAGCCUUGACCUGGUGUAAUCAGAACUUAGAGUCCAUACCUUUCCUAACUGAUUUUCGAAAAGACAUGCCUUGCCUUGCAAAGUACAAUGAUGGCUUCUGGUAUCGAGCAAAGCUCAUCUCAAUUCAUGAAUUCAGCCCUCUUUUGAUUAUAGUGGAAUUUGUUGACUAUGGAUCGUGUGAAACGUUGCCCACCAGCAGAUUGCGUCAGCUUUCUCCAGAGUUCAUGCAGUAUCCUGCUCAAUCAUUCAAAGUUUGGCUGGCUGGAUUUAAACCUCCUUCAUGUGAUCCAUCAUCAAACAAAAUUCCUUAUUGUCCCGAAUGGAGCAUGGAAGCAUUGUGGGCCAUGAUGGACUGUUUCCAAGGGAAAAAUCUCUAUGCUUCCUCACUGACACAUUCACCAGAGCAUACUGUGUUUUUAUAUGAAGAUGGACGCUUAGUUCACAUGAAGCUGGUAGAAAUGGGAUUUGCUGAGUUAAGCUAGAAACAAAUACAGAUCUUUUGAUGAAAACAAUACCUGAAUAGAGAGAGACUGUUGCAUUUUGGUUUGUUAUGUGUUGCCUGAUAUUCUAAAGAGGAAAACUCUACCCUGAAGUGUUCAAAGAUCUUUUUUGUUGCACUAUUCGAGUACUGAAGAAUGUUAAAUAAAAAGUUGUUCUUGCAUCAGAAAA